UUUAAGUUAAGCUUAUUAUGACAAAUUAAUACUUUAACAUAUAGAGAAAUAGAUGGAACAUUAUCUACCUUUAUAGUUGUCCGAAUUUCUUGUUCCUCUUUUAUUUUUCACACUCUUUCAGUCCAUCGUCCGACCGAGAUUUUGUCUUCUCGUGAGUUCAAAUCCAAAUCCAUGGGGAAGAUCCUUGUGGAAAUCUGUAUGAUAUCAGCUCGAGGGCUCCGUGUGGGAAUUGGAAUCGGAUCCUCUCUACUGAAACACCAAUGGUACGCCGUUGGUUGGCUUGAUCCAGAAGACAAAUACUGCACCACAAUCGAUGCUUCAAGAGCAGACAAUCCUGUCUGGAGAACAAAGUUUGCUACUUUGCUCGAUGAUUCCACGAUUCAGGAUUCGAAGUUGGCUUUGCAAGUCGAGGUUUAUAGCAGAGAACCCUUGUUCUUAAGGAAGAGGCUUCAUGGCUCUGCUACUGUUUCUUUGAAGGAGUUUCUGACUAAGUAUAAGCAACAACAGAGUUCUUCGAAAGCUGUAAUUGAAGAAACUGGAAGCUAUCAGCUUAGGAAGACGAACUCGAGCAAGCCUCAGGGUUUUGUCGAUGUGUCGAUACGUAUAUCUGCAGAGCGAGAGGAUUUUGGGGGUUUUACUGGAGAUUUUGGAGGAGUCAUGCUCUCGAACAACUCAGAUUACAACACUUCAGGACAGGAUUACAUGGCUGGUUCAUCGCAGUAUCCAUUUGCUCCAAUGGACCAGUCAAACCCAUUCUCAGUUCCCCCAUCAUAUAACCACCACUCAUCAAUGCCUAACCCUCCAAUGACCAACACCAACCCACAAAUGCAACAACCUUACUAUCCUCCACCGAUGCAGCCACCACCACCACCUAUGAACUCAGGGUACAUGCCUACAUACAUCCCCAAAUCUGUGAAUGACUCAUCAAUGCCUAACCCUCCAAUGAACAACACCAACCCACAAAUGCAACAACCUUACUAUCCUCCACCAAUGCAGCCAGCACCACCACCUAUGAACUCAGGGUACAUGCCUACAUACAUCCCUAAUUCAGAGAAUGUUACGAACAUUCCAUCGUCAUCAUCAUCUGGAGGAGUACCAGGAGGGGCGGGAAGAGGAUAUGCUAGGACUGGCCCAGGGUUUGCUGUAGGAGUGGGAGCUGGUGCAGUAGUUGGAGCUGGUGCAGCUUUAUAUGGAAGCGAGUUUAUGUCAGGAAUCGACUUACCUUCAAGCUUACCUCACCCAAGUGUCCCCAUUUCCAUUGAUCCUCCAUUUUGAUGCAGCAACAGCUCGAUUCAAUAUGGCUGCAUUGUGAGAUUAUCUGAAACAUUGUAGAUGAUUCGUAUUUGAUAUGAUAAGACAUCCCAGAUUCAAGAAACAUAUAAAAUGAAGGCCUCGGGUUUCUUGGGAAUUCGAUUGAACUGUUUUUUCUAUUGUUAUUACUUUUCUAUAGUGUUAUCUGAAAAUUUACAU